AUGCAUCGGCAGUCAGUUAUACGGCUGGCCCGUCAGUCGGGGGUUCCUGCGCUGGCUGAAUUGCCCCCUCCAUAUCUUGCUCCCUCUCUUCACUUCAACCCGGUCCGGUCGAUUCAAUGUUCAGGCUUUUCAACAACAGCCGCCAAUGCUGCCAGAGGACGCGGUCGUGAUCUCAGCAAAAACCGAGGUGUCUCUGCGAUUCAUAGAACAGGGCCCAAAUUUCCCCUGGGAGUCUCGAAGUAUCCAUUGCCCAAGCCUGUGAGUCCGGCGGAACGGCCACCCCGGGACCCAACACCGAAUCACGGUCUCUGGGAAUUCUUCCCCCCAGAUAGACAGGCGCUGAGCACACCUGAAUAUGACAUAGCGCAUGGCCGACCUUGGUCAGUGCAGGAACUCCGCGAGAAGUCCUGGGAAGACCUCCAUUGCCUGUGGUGGGUGUGUGUGAAGGAACGCAACAGAAUAGCUACUUCAAACUUGGAAAGGAAGCGGCUCAAGGCAGGCUAUGGACAAUGGGAAGCAGACGAACGUGACCGCACGAUCCGAAUCACACAAAAGUCCAUCAAGCAUGUCCUUCGUGAACGCUGGUAUGCCUGGGAAGAAGCACGACGACUCUACGAAAGUGGUUAUCGGCCGGAGGCUGAAGACAGCUACGAAGACAGCGGAGAACCUACACAGACAAAGGCAUAA